CGCUCUGUGUGUACGUCGUGUGAUCCUUGAGGAUAUGGUGGUGGAUCAGCAGCCAGACAAGACAGCAAGAUAACAGCACAGCAUACAGCUUAAUGUCAAGGACUUUGGAGAGGAGAUAAACAUAUGCUACGACGAUUAUUAAUUAAAUCCGGGUUUUUGUGGCAGACCACGAGAGGGAAGCAGAUUCUGCUGUAACCGCUGUGUAUUUGGAAAGAAGACCUGAGGUGGAGCUCUUACUGGAAUCGCUUUGCCUUCUCGCUAACUAGCUAAUAUGCAACUCUGCGUGUGAAUUUGCACGAAAACAAGACUGCUGGAUAUAACAAGCCGGGGCUUGCAUUGACUCCCCUCCCCUUUCCUUUCCCAUUGUGAUAUCCACCUGCUCACAUGCAGCUAAAGUCAUGCCGGUCUUUCGUCUUGCAGAUAUAGCCGGUUAGCAGACUAGCUCGGAGGCUCGGCAGGUGAAAGCCGGGCACGCAGCGCUUCGGUUCUGCGUGAGACACAACGCCAUGCCGCUGGUUGAAAGAGGCCGAUUCGUAGAGCUGACUUCACCGAGCUAACGCUAGCUGCAAUUAGCAGGCCGCUGCAAUCAUCUUCAAGUCAGCUAAUUACACAAAGCCACAGGUGAACGGUGGAGAUCACCUUUCGCUUUCUUUCUUUGCUGUGCUUACUUGUAUAUAAGCUCCAUCUGCGGGGUGAGCCAAUACCCAGUAAUCUGCUAAUCGGCUAGCCCUUUAGUUAGACAGUAGCGUUAAUGCAAAGCCAUUUGUAGCGUCUUGGUUUUGCUGUUGUUUACAUUGUUAAGAAAAACAGACUGUUUUCUGUAGCUUACAGCUAGCUCGGGUGAGUGAUAAGGCUGUUUGUAAACGUGUAUAUAUAUAUAUAUAUUUUUGUUUCACUAAUACACGCAGUUUGAUACUUGUGUAUUGAGUAAUUUGCACUAGAUAGCCACAUGUACAUCACUACAGAUCAUAUUCACUUUGUGGUGGCUUUAUUAUUUUUAAGCAUUAUCAGUGAAAGCAAAGUGAAUGAGCAGUACUCAUUUGAAUGGGGUUAUUUAGUCUGGGAUCUCUGCUGAAGCCUCCACAUGUAAACAAGUCUGAGUCAAGUGAGUGUCAGGUUCGCAUUAGUAUUUCUUUUAACUGCACGUAAUCACCGAAUAUCCAGUUAAUCCUCUGAACAUUAUUUAUCCAUGCUUAAGCAGUUACUUUAAACCUGACACAGACAAAAACAAAAAACAACAACAAAAAACCCAAAAAUGGGAUGUUGUUGACCUCCUGGAGCAUAGCCAGACAUAUCAGCCCAUUCAUUCAUGAUUGAUGAUCUUUGUGGAAGUAGGUUGUCCUCUAUCCAUUUGCCACUAAUGUGAGACCUCAGCACCAAGCCACCAACGAUCUGUAUUUAAUUUUAACCACUAAUGUAAAGGAGUGAAGACAAACCCUGGGGAGAUUUGAGCGUUUAUAGUUUUAGCAGCACUUUCCUUUAAAUCCUACUGAGCCUAAAACUGGAACCACUGGUGUGAAACAUGAAGAGCACUGUGUCUGAUCUAAACCCGCAGCCCUGUAGCGUGGAGAUCUGAUCAAAGCGCAACAGAAAGGCUCAUUGUACGGACUGAUAGUUGAAGAGGAAACGGAGAUCAUGGUGGUGAUAACAAAAGCAGCCCAGUGACAGCUUUGAAUCCCGCACCAGGAAGCAGAGGAGUGUCUAUAAAGGCUGCAGACAUGAGUCUCCGCCAACCCACCUCCACGCUGGACAGGAUCAACAGUUUGACAAUUGGGGACUCGGAGCGUAAAUCCUCUGGCCCUCAGCAGAGAGAGCCAACGGCAGAAAUCAUUUCUGACAGUACAGGCACUGGACUUGUGCACAGAUGUGUGGUCGUGCAAAAGGACCAGCUGGGCUUCGGCUUCACCGUGUGUGGAGAGAGAGUGAAGCUGGUACAGAAUGUCCGACCAGGUGGAGCAGCAGUGAAGGCUGGUGUCCAAGAAGGGGACAGAAUCAUAAAGGUGAACGGCUCGUUGGUUGCCUCCAUGUCCCAUCAAGAGGUGGUAAAGCUCAUAAAAUCUGGAUCUUACGUCGCACUUACACUACAAGGGCCGUCUCCAUCAACCACCUCCUUGCCCUUAGAGCCCCUCGCCACUGAUCACACUCUUAAUCAAAGAUCAUCUCUGGCUGGGGAGGCUGCACCUCCUCCACCUCCACCCUUGCCCUCUGGACUGAGCAGCACCCCCUCCCAAAGGAUCACAGGACCCAAACCACUACAAGACCCACAAGUACAAAAACAUGCGACUCAGAUACUCAGGAAAAUGCUGGAGCAGGAAGAGGCCGAGCUGCAGGACUUGAUGGAUGAGCAGCUGAGGAACCCGUCGCCAUUGCUGGAGGAGCGAAUUGAAAGCGCCAAGAGGAGAGCUCACCAAGUCAGAGUCAAGAUUCAGCAAGAUGUGGAGGGAACGAGGUCAGAAUCUGUCACAGGCUACUUCAUAGCAGGAGAAGGGCGACAAUCAAUAGACUCCAGUGAAGGAGACAUGGAGGCCUUUGAGAGUCCCCACUCCUCCCCCUCAUUUUCCUUCAGGACCCCCCUGCACCGGCGCCAGACGUCCGACAUAUCCACCUUAUCUGAUUUGGGUGGAAAGGCUCAGAUCAUCGGGCCCGAGGAGGAAGAUGAAGAAUAUGACGGCUAUGCAUUUAAUGAGAUGGACGGUCCAUACCAAGAUAUUGAGCUGUUAAAGGCACGACCAGCACACAUGACAGUGUUCAUGAGAUAUGUCUUUACCCAGCUUCUGGAUCCCAACCCUCUGCUGUUCUACCUGUCUGUGGAGGCUUACCUCGGCUCCCUUCCUAAAGAUGCCCGCACUCUUGCACCUCAGAUCUGCUCCCUGUUCCUGGAACCAGAUGCUCCCCUGAAGAUUAAAGUACGAGAGGAGUAUCUUGCUGAUAUCGAAAAUCGACUUCAUGCUCAGGAGGACAUCCGGGGACCUCUGUCUGAGCUGCAGCAGCUUGUGCUGCCAGAAAUCCAGGACCAGCUGCAAGACUACAGGAACAAGCAGAUGAUGGGUCUCGGUUCUCUGUUUGGAGAAGGAGACCUGCAGCACCUUGAUGGAGACGCUGUGAAAGAGAAACAGGUGGUGGACAAACAAGUCACCGCCCUGUGGGAAAUACUAUCAAAGCACGAGGAGGACAGAAGUUCUCCUCUGGCUUCAGCUGUGAUCCUCUACCUGCGUCAUUCUGGGAUCAAGCCUAGAGACUCCAAGGUCUUCCCCGGCCUGACCACAGAGAAGGACAAGUGGAUCACUUUCUUAAAGUCCAAGAAGCUGAGCGGUACCAAGAAGGAAAAAGAUGGAGAGGAUAAAAAGAGAAAUCCCAUCCUGAAGUACAUCGGCAAACCCCGGACCACAUCCCAGUCCACAUUCCAUGUCCCGCUGUCACCCACCGAAGUCCGGCCUGGCAGCGUGCGCAACAUCAUUCAGCAGUUUGAGAAUAGCACCGAGACCGGCGAGGAAGUCAGCGACGGCGCUGACCCGCAAAGGCUCUCCUCCAGCAGCCUCGGGGAUGAAAUGGACAGCCCUCUACCAGUUCGUCUGGCUCGCAGCGAGUCACUAAAGGCUCAGGGAGAAGGGCGACGGCGGGGCGGCACCUCAGGAGCCGAGUCUGUGCCCCGCUCUCGUAGCGAUGUGGACAUGGAGGACUGCGCGGAUGAGAGGGACGGGCCAGGCCUGAGGCCUCUGCAGCACAGCGCCUCGUCCUCUGCAUCCAGCAACUCUGCACGGUCUCUAGAGAACCCUACACCCCCAUACACCCCUCGGUCUAGACGCAGGAGCGUGGAGUCGCCGCUGGCCCUGCUACCCGAUGCUGCAGCGCUGGAGGAUGACGUGAUGGAUAGUAAGACCUGGCAGGAGACUGUUACCCCUCAGCUCCUUGCAACACUCAGCCCCAGUGAGGUUGAUAGACAGGCUGUCAUAUACGAGCUGUUCACCACUGAGGUGUCCCACCUGCGAACCUUACGGGUCCUGGACCAGGUUUUCUAUCAGAAGAUGAGGACUGUCCUGAACUCUGACGAGCUGGCCUGCAUCUUCCCCAACUUGCCUCAAGUCUACGAGCUCCACGCGAGUCUGUGUGAGGCGAUGAAGAAGCGAAGAGAAUCGCCGAUUGUUCAGGACAUCGGGGAUGUGAUGCUGACCAGGGUUUGUUUUACUCCUCCCGUCUCGAUGACAAGUAGAAACAUGUUUUCGUGCUCCAUAUUCAGUGUGUUUACAUUGUUAUUAAUCGCUUUAUAUCAAGUGAUAUUCGAGUGUGCACUAAAUAGUUCUGUGUACAGGAUAGUUAUUAUACCGUGUAUAUGUGUCAUAGGUGUAAUAAAGCGUAUAGUUGUGUUUAAACAUGACCGCGUUGUUUUAUUUGUUCAGGAGUGUGAGGCGAGUCCUCACUGCCGCAGGUUACAGCUCAAAGACCUGCUGGUGUCAGAGAUGCAGAGACUCACCAAGUACCCGCUGCUGCUGGACAAAAUCGUUAAAUACACAGAAGCGGGCUCAUCAGAUUUGCCCUUGCUCCAGCGAGCGCACGCGUGUUGCCGAGGGAUACUGCAGAGCGUCAAUGAGGACGUUAGGGAAUCGGAGCACCGGCAGCGCCUCAGCGAGUACCAGUGCAGGCUGGAUGCUGCUCCUCAGUUCAAGAAUGUGGACCUCACCACGAAGAGAAUGAUCCAUGAAGGUCCUCUCACCUGGAAAGUUAACAAAGAAAAGCUGAUAGAGAUCCAAGCGCUGCUGCUGUCAGACUGCCUCGUCCUCCUUCAGAAGGGCCCGGACGACCGCCUACAGCUGCGAAAUCAUUCCAGCAGAUUGGGUGGAGGCGGGGGAGGCAGCGGUGACAGCAAGACUUCUUUCAGCCCUCUAGUGAACCUGGCAUCGCUGCUUGUUCGCCCGGUAGCUACAGACAAGAAAGCUCUUUACAUCAUCAGCACCACAGAUAUGCAGAUCUAUGAGCUGGUGGCUGCAACAACAUCCAAGAAGGAGACCUGGAAAGAUUUACUGGAAAAGGCCAUCUCUGCCGCCGGCGGAUCGUCACCUCUGAUGAAUCACAGCUCGAUACCCAUGUCGUCCCCGAGUCUCCGCAGUUCUUCCCCCGUCUCGACUGGCAGCAAUGCCUACGGAGAUAACUCGAUGACGGAGCAGUCAGACUCCACGGAGACUCAUUCCAACAGCGACGAGCCCGCGAUCUCCCACAGUACGCCUGUGGACCAAUCGGAAGCUUUGCUCAAAGGACAAGGCGUGGCGGAGGCCGCUCUGCAAGACGUUGAAACCCUGCGGCAGCUCAUAUUACAAGAUUUCGGAGAGGACUGUUGGAGCCACGAUUCAGAUGAUACACCCACCAAUGAGACGGCCGCUGAAAGCAACUCAUUCACAGAGAGGCAGCGACCGGAGUCUCUGGAGACGGUCCUCAGCUGCUGCACCGAUGAAUGGGAGGCGGAGCCAGAAGAGCUGCUGCUUGCAAAAGCACCCAAACCUCAGGUUGUGAGGAAAGCUGUGGUUGCGGGUCCUCCUCCUUCUUCUUCUUCUGUCGCUGAAGACAUCACUGAUGAUGUCACCCUCCCCUCCAAUCAGUCAUCCAAGUCAAGAAGCGAGGCCAAAAAGCAGGGAAAUACCUUCUACCUGGUCAUGCCCAUAGAACAGGGCGAGAGCGUGACUGAAGAUCUCAACGACCCCCCUACACCCACCGCCAGCCACUUCCCUCCACCUGUAGAGGAAAUGACGUUGCCACAGACGCAGAUGGAAGAAGAGCCGGCAGCCCGCGGCCCGGAGGCCAACCAAUCAGAGACUAUGCAACUAGAACAGGAAAAAGAAACAGGCCAUUUGCAGGCUGCGCAACACACUCACGUAAUCAGAAACGUGGAUGAGAUUUUUCACACGAUUGAGGAGCUGAUGACCAAGUUGCGCCACCUGAAGGAGAUAGAGAAGGCCCACUAUAAGCUUCUGGAAACUCUCAGAGAGUCCUCCAUCAGUCAGGAGUCUGAGGACCAGCAGUGUCGCUCGGCAACCGUCUCCAGGACGCCGUCUCUGGAUCGUAGCUCAGGAGAUGGCAAAGAGAGCAGACCUGCCGAGCCCAAAAUCCUGUCGACUGGAUUCUGAUGCGGCUGCAUGGUAAAUCCAUUUGCAGUCGCUCAAUCUUGAUUGGCAGUCUGACGUAGCUAUCCACUUUGGGGUUUCCCCUUAGACCCGGUUCCACUCACCCAUCAGCCCCGCGUGCACCAGCCUGUGGCGCAGAACAUCAAAAAGCCCGUCACCAUUUCUUUGUUUCUGUUGCCCUGAUAUAACAGGAAGGUGAACUGACUCAUCGAGGUUUCUGAGCUCAGUAAGCGCAGAGUCCACGGAAGUUGAGGAAUAAAUACGAAGGAAAGGAAGAAAAAA